AUGGCUUCAUCUUCGGGUAAUAGGAAGUAUCCUCCACGGCAUUACGAGAUUAGGAAAACGCCUAUCCAAAACAGGAGCAUGAACCACAGUUGUUUUCUAUCCAACAUUCAAACCGUGGAAGAAAAUGUGGGCGCAGACGUUUGGUCUGAGUUGAGAAAAUCAGCUGUUGGUGUGAUUAUCAAGCUAAAGGAGUUGGAUUACACUUGGUCUGCGAAAUAUUGGGAUGUGGAUCAUGAAGACUUUUGGGUGGAGAUGAAAGUUCCAAUUUCUGAAGGACCCAAGCUUAAUGAACUUCAAGCCCUUUUUCCGAUCAUCAGAAACUGGCCUAGAGAGAAACAGUUAAUGGUUGGCUUGUUGUGUCUUUUAUCCAUUGGGAUAUUUGGCAUUUCGAGCAAUAGUAGAAUACCACUGCAUUGUGCGAAAAGGGUGAUGGAUCCAGCAGCUUUCCAACGUUAUCCAUGGGGUCGUGUAGGAUUUACCAGCCUUGUGGAUUCCACUAAAGUUCUAAUAUACGUAGGAAAGAAGAGUUACAAGCUUUGUGGUUGUGUUCAUGCACUGGCAAUUUGGAUAUACGAGUCUAUGCCAGGUUUAGGAGACGAGAAUUAUGUGUUCCAUUAUUCUCCAAUCAAUAUGAAAUCAAAGAUGCCGUUGUAA